AUGCAAUAUUUUUCCCUUCAGUUAAUUCACUCAGCGCCGGUCCGUGGAGAGAUAGUCGAUUGGUGUUUUCAGCCUCACUCUCGUUCUGUUCUUGAACUGACAAAGAGUGGAACUGAAAAAAUAUACGAGUUGGUUCACGAGGAAGACCAACAACGGGUUGUCGACCUUCGCAAGAAAUUUGGACUAUUUAACAGUAUCAUUUACAUUCAACGCGAUGAAGGACAAAUGCUUUUUCUGUUGGACUCAGAAAGAGUUUACACGGAUGAAGGAGUGAAGAUCAUUAAACCCGCAACACAAAGGAUCACUGCUGCCGUUUUUUGGAAAUCAAUGAGGGGCGAAUACCUCAUUGUAGGAUUGGCCACAGGGAUGAUCACAUUUAUCGAGUUGAGUAGUUGUGCGUGUGUGAAAUCGAUCCGAAUAGUCUCGACACCAAUUACUGAUCUGAAAAUUGUGAAGACGGCAAUUGGGUUUCAGCUGAUUGUCGUUGCACAACACAACGAGGAGAAGGAGGUGAUGCACUUGGUUUUGCAGAAACAAAAUAAAAGCAUUUUUGAUGUGAACAACACCUUUGUGCCCACACUGAUAGAACUGAGUAAUCAAGUACAAAUUAAUGGGAACGAAAUUGUGUGUUACAACGAGAGGGAAAAGGAGGUGAACACGUAUACGGUGGAUACGGAUAGGUAUGUCCACUCAUAUACAUUCGACUUGGGGAAGAUCGAUGUUAACCCAAUAUCGUUUUUUCAUACAAACGAAAUGUUGUUUAUUGUAAACAAAGAGGUUCGAGAUCAUAUUGAAAGACUGUUUAUUAAAGCGUUCAUCACUUCUUCGUUUCUUAAGAGAGACCCGGUGAUGUUCCAGGAACUCGAGAUUCCAAAUGAAAAGAUACUGACGCUUGCACCAAACCCAUCGUUCUCUUCAUACAUUAAAACAACGGAAUCACUCAAGUAUUUGGAUGGGAUGUUUGUGUGUUCGACAGACCAUGUAUUUAGGGUUGAUGCGACCAUGUCGGUGGAGGAAAUGUUACAAAUCAAAUUUCUGUCGAGUGAGAAAAGCAAGUGGAUUUUACUGAAACCGUUCAUUCAGUGUUUUGGGAUACCACCAUCAUUCUUUUUAAGGGUAUCGAAAAAGAUGAAUAUCACAACGGCGUUGGAGCUGUUGCCGUUUUACCCCAAAUUGUACGAAUCGAUUUUUAUGAGAAUUAUUCGGGAAGAUGCGGACGAAAAUUGUUGGAAUAAGUUAAUUGAUUUUGUUACCAAACAGCCAGCAAACAACGCGGAGAUGGCAAAUAACAUAUUCAAAAUAUUUGCGGCCAAAUCAUAUCGUUUUUUUGAAGACGUCGACAACAAUUUUGUUAAGUUCAUCCAAACGAACGAUUAUUACGACGAUUACUUUGGUGUGUUGAAGUUGUUGAGAGAUAGGCGAUACAUCUCAGAGAUACUCAAAGUUGGGAAAAGACGGUCAGUUGACUUGUAUUGCGGCUUUGUACGAAGCUUUGCAAUCAUUCCGGAGAUCGAUUGGAUUGACAGCGCAACAAAAGCGAAUCCCAAGUGUGCUGUUUCGAUUUGUAGCACACCACCAAUAUUUACUUUACUUUCAGAACACAAACAGUUCGAGUUGCUUGUAACUGCAAUCGAGAAAGAGCCAAAUUUUCUUUUUGUAACGAUGCUUCGGAAUUUAGUCGAAAAACUUGACGAGACGGAUUUGAAUAAGUGUCUGAAAAUAGUCGAGCCGGGAACGUUGUAUAACUGCAUUUGUCUUGGUAAUGAUGGCAUUGAGUUUGAACUCCGGAUGAUCAACGCGAUUAUCUUAUUCAAGCAAAACGAUGAAACGUUACACAGAAAUUACAAAGUGUGUUCGGAGUUUUUGGACAAUAUGUUUCUUCACGUCAAGGCAGACUUUGGCGAAGUUUUUGAGUUUUUCAUGAACAAAGAAAACUAUUUUGCCGCGUCUGCGUGUUUGUUGAUGUACGAGCAGUACGAGGCCGCGAUUGAAAUCUUAGUCCAGAACAUCGAGCGGUUUGAGAAUAAAGAUGAGAUUAUUUUACUUAUCAUGUCAUUCUCACACUUUUUGGCGUUGGAUGAUCAAACAGUUUUAUUUGAUACCUUCUUGAAUUUGUCUGAGAAGUACAACAUCAACGAUACCAUUUUCAACGACGUCAUGACCUCGCAAUUUAAAAAUAACACAAUUUUUGUGUCAACUUACUUCCUCAACUUGACGUUCCAGAAUCCGCCGUUGUACAGUUCUCUGUUAUUAAAAACUUCACCGGAACUCCUCACAAAGAUGAACGUCGAGUUCUUUAAGAAGAAGAAUGUUCUUAUCCACAUCGAAGCAGAGCUCGAGGCUGAUUUGGUUGUCAACUUAUCUCCAUCAAUGAAAAUCCCAGUGAGUGCGACAAAAAAGUUUGUUGACAAUGUCCAAACAGUCGUCGUGUGGUGUCCGUGUUUACACUCGUUCACUGUCGACGCACUCAAACGUGGAAUUACUGAUUUAAAAGCCAAACAUCCAGACGACAAAACAGUGAAUUUGGCAGCGGAGUACAUUGACAAAUUUAUUGGGCAAAACGGCAAGAAAGUGGGAAUGAAAGUGAUAUGCCCUGAAUGUCUGCAAACUAUUUUUUAA